AUGGUUGUGUGCACGCUAAUGUUCAUAAUCGGCGGAGCCUUGCAAACGGAGGCUUGUCGCUUCCUCACAAAUCACUACGAAAAUGGCACUACAUUGAUAGAUAACAUUUUAUCUGAGAUGGCUGACACGGUCAUCACAAUUCCCAAUAAACAAUAUCCCAUGGAUAAAAGCUAUACCUGGCCUAGGUCACUUGACCUUUCUACAAUUACCUACACUAACGAUCAUGAAACGCUUCUUACACUUUUUCGCCAUGGCAUUUUUGAUGCUGUUUUAACUAAAUGCAACAGCGAGCCACUAAUCGACUCCUUCAACAUUAAGUUACUUAACUUCGAAUCGAUAGACAAGGUACCUAUUUAUGAUGCUAUUUGGGUUAAACCUACAGAUCUUUAG